CAGCCUAAUAACACUGAGCCUUUUUUCUCUGCCUAUCGGAGAUGAAACGAUGUCAAACUUUGAGUAACGGAGACAUGAUCAGUGAGCUUCCGGACGCUCUGCUUCUGCAGAUAUUGUCUUCGAUUCCGACAAAAGAUGCUUUCGCCACUAGUGUAUUGUCCAAACGGUGGCGGUCUCUUUGUAAGAUGAUGCCGAAUCUCGAGUUUUGUUACCGUGGCACCAAAGGUAUCGUGAGGUUUUCAGAUAAUGUAUGUAGGUGUUUGCUCUCUCAUCAGGCUCCUGUUCUUCAGAGUUUGCAUCUCGAGAUGAAUUUUGUAACUGAUUUUAGUGUGGAAACCGGAGUGAUGAUUGGGGUUGCGUUUGGACUCCGUGUGCGUGAGUUGAAACUCGAAGUUUACGCUGGUGAUGAGCCGUAUAGGUUUCCUACAAGCUUGCUCAACUGUGCGACACUUGAGACCUUGAAACUCGAUUAUUGUAUCCUUUUAGACGUCCCGUUUCCGGUUUGCCUCAAGUCCCUUAGAACUCUACGCCUUCACCAAGUGAGAUUCCAAGACGAUGAAUCUGUUGUUAACCUUUUAUCGGGGUGCUCUAGUCUCGAAAAUCUGGAGGUUAUGCGGCAUUAUUCACUCUCUGAUGUGAAGACUUUCACUAUUGAUGUGCCUUCUUUGCAGAGGCUAACACUUGAUUCUCAAGAUGAAUGUGAUAAUAGGUUUACGGAAUAUGUGAUAAAUACUCCUCGUUUGAAACACCUGGAGAUUAACGGAGUAAUGGACGAUCACUCUGCUUGUCUGAUUGAGAAUAUGCCUGAUCUGGUGGAGGCAUAUAUUAAUGUGUGUGGUGUAAUCUAUGAGAACGUUCAUGGGUCUCUCACUUCAGUCAAACGCCUUUCUCUGAAGAUCGCAUCACCCUUGGACCUGACCAAGUUUCCCAAUAAUAGAAUCUUUAAGCAGCUGGUGUAUUUGGAGCUACAUACAUAUAAACCAGAGUGGUGGUAUCUGCUUAUGUUCAUGCUCGAUAGUUCUCCUAAUUUGCAAGUCCUCGAGCUCUUUAGUUAUUGGGUUAGGGACGGUCUGGACAGAGAUCGUGUGGCCUAUAAGAGAUGGACGCCACCAAAUUAUGCUCCUGAAUGUUUGUUGAACUGUCUCGAAACAUUAUUUUGGGAAAAUUACCAAGGGGAAAUGGAAGGUGCGAAAGAGGUGGCCCAGUACAUCCUAAGGAACGCAAGUCGUUUGAAAACAGCUACUUUCUCCAGAACUGACGUUCUAACAGUAAAGAAUCUCGAGAUGUUCAAGGAACUGGCGAGUGUGGUCAGGGCUUCCAACUCAUGCCAGCUUGUGCUCAAAGAAACUGAUGUCACAUGGGAGUCCUACAAGCUUACUACGUUGUGAUUUAGUUGAGGGCAUUAGUUCAUAACUUCAUAUAUGUUAACCGUUUCUCAAGAUGUUGCAUUCCCUUCCAUUGAAAUCUUUUGUUGGAAUUUGUGACAAGAGUCACCAGAAAUGGAUUUGAUGAGUAAGAAGAA